AUCACCAUGGGAAAACGUAUGCGUAAAACCAGACCUCUCUGUUGCUGUGUUUCUCCUCGACUCAAAUAUCAGACUCCUAACUCUAUCUUCUCAUGGUACGAAGAGGACCUGUGGACAGAGAUUGCUAAGUUCUUGGAUGGAAAAUCCUUGGUGAUGCUUGCAUCAACCAGCAAGUGGUUCCAUUGCGUCAUUAUGGAGGAAUGCGUAUGGAAACAUGCUUGCCUGCGAGACCUCCAUGUUCCUGAUCCUGGAAAAGUAACCUCCAAAUGGAUCAACUUAUAUGCAACAGCCUUUAAUGGAUGCCAUUCUUACACGUUCCGCCAGCAGGAUAAGCAUAUUGACUGGAUGCGCAUUGGAGCAUUUUCCUUUGACUCGCAAAAUGCACUCUUGACAGAGAAUUUGAUCCCUCCCUUGAAAAUCCUUAAGGAGAAGACAUUGGAGAAGAUGAUAGAGUUAAAUGGGUGCUGUGUGGUCAGAAAUAUCAAGAGUGGAAUCUGGAUUGCUGAUUUGCAGCUUGUUCGUUGCCCAGUCUGUGAUCUCAACACAUGUGAUGGAACGAUGCAGGUAUUAGAUGCAAGACAUAUUGAACUGUUUCUUAGUGAAGGAUACCAGGAUGGAAGCUGGGAUUAUGAGUUGCUAGGUUCUCACCAUGAGAAGAAGCAAGCUAGUGGAGCCUCUGCUGGUAUAUUUGAUGUCAAACAUAUCAAAGAUCGCUCAACUUCUGCUGUUCUUGAUCUUAAGUCAUGGAUAGGAAAGCCCAAUGACUGGCAACCAAAAGCUAUGAUAUCCCGUUAUGCAGUAGCAGUCAACACAAACUUGCAAGAGAAUGAAGGUCUUCACGUAAAAUUCCAUGUCAUGAAGUCCGGGAAGAAUGAUGAAAUUGUUUCAAUCAGAAUAUCAGAGCAGCUCCAGUGAUUUUGUCAAAUACUAUCAAGUACAAUCUUAUAAAAACUGCCAAGUAUAAUCUUACUGUCUACAAAACCAGAGCUCAUUUUUUCAGCAAAUAUUAGCUAUAACUCCACACACAACAAUCAGCCCACUAUCAACAAGUUUCAAAUGGGUUGCAGUCCACAAGUUAUGCCCAGCAAAUUAAAAAAAUGUAUACUUGCUAGUAAACGAUUCUUAUUCGUAAUAUAUCACUUACCAUCCAAACUAGCACAGGUUAAAAUCAUGACUUGUAGCCUGACUUCUCCUUAUGGCUUAUGCUUUCCUCUAAUAGAAGCAAUUUAAUAAUAAAUCAAUCUAUUUUUUAAGUAUCCCCUUGCUAUGAGUUCCCAAUGGCAGUAUUUUAAAGUUGAGCUGUUAACAUCUUCUUUAUUAAUACAUGGUAUAACUUGGAUUUUAUAACAUCUUUGUUGUGUCAACCAUUUUCAACUUUUGACUUUUGAAACAACUAAUAAGUUAAUGAAAUUCUGCAUGGUUUGAAUCUUUGAAAUACUUGGGCAAACCACUAUUUCUGAUCGCGGUUUGUCCAUAUCCAAAUUGACUUUCUAAAUACAUG